GGCCUGGUCUGACCUCAAACCCGGGGUCUAACCUCAGAUCCGAUCCCAGUGGCGAUGACCCAGUAGGCCUACCACGCCACCCUCCUCAGCACAUGACACUUGUUGUUACAGUAGGCGGAGGAGAAUGGCCGACCGCAGGUACUUCCUCUCGCGUGAAUCAUUAUUGUAAAAAGUCAUAAAAACUCCAACAGAAACCAAAACUGAGACGAAAGCGCUGAAUAAAUACUGCCGCGCCACAUGUCGCUGCACAGACAACACGCAACACAAGAUGACUGCUUGGAUCCAGACCCUCCUCAUGCUGGCCCUCCUGGCUCCGGUCUACGGGGGCCCCCACGGCCCCCAGGAGGGGGGGUACAGGAACUCCCUCCACCUCACAAGACUCGCCAGGACCAGAGUCAGCCAGCUGCUGAGAACCUUUAAGCAGCAGCAGCUGGGAGACGCGCACUUUGAAGACAGGAGCCUCCAUCUGAACGACCUCCCCACCCUCUCAACCGACCUCCACCGAUGGCUGAGCCUCGAGGAGCGGGAGCGUCUCAGUGAGGCCUCCGACAGCCUCCAGAUCUACUGGGGUGUGCUGCAGGGGAUGAGGGAGCAGAUCCUGGCGGAGAACCACCACCCGGGAGCCCCCCGGGGGGGCAGGACCGCCCUGAGCCUCCCGGACAGCCUUCACCACGUCCAGCUGGACCUCAGAGACCUGAUGAGACGACUCCAGACCCUGCUGGAGAGCGUGAGCCGCAGUGAGGAGGACCGGGCCCCCACCGGCUCCCACAGCGUCCCCCGGGCCCAGGUCGUCCGCCGCCGCCGCGGCCAGACGGCCUGGCUGAGGCGCCUGGAGGUGUACGUGGCCCUGAGGGACCUGGACCUCUACCUCACCAAGACGGCCCGCGACCUGCUGCUGCUGGAGGCCAGGCGCCACGGCUCCCUGCUGGGCGUCCCCGCCCUGCACUGAGAACACCCCCUGACGGUCCACACCGCGGGGGUUCAGUGAGCAGGGGGUUCAGUGUGCAGUGGGUUCAGUGUGUUAGGUGUUGGGUAGCUUUAGAUUGUUUAGUGUGUUUAGUAGUGUUGGGAGUUUAGUGUUAGGAGUUUAGUUUUAAGUGUUCAGUGUUUAGUAUGUUUAGUAUUCAGGGUUUAGUGUUCAGUCUUCAGUUUUUAGUAUGUUUAGUAUUCAGUGUUCAGUGUUCAGUAUGUUCAGUAUGUUCAGUGUUUAGUGUUCAGUCUUCAGUGUUUAGUAUGUUCAGUAUGUUCAGUGUUUAGUAUUCAGUGUUUAGUAUUCAGUGUUUAGUGUUCAGUGUUUAGUAUUCAGUGUUUAGUGUUCAGUGUUUAGUGUUCAGUCUUCAGUGUUUAGUAUGUUCAGUGUUAAGUGUUUAGUGUUCAGUCUUCAGUGUUUAGUAUGUUCAGUAUGUUCAGUGUUUAGUAUUCAGUGUUUAGUGUUCAGUCUUCAGUGUUUAGUAUGUUCAGUGUUAAGUGUUUAGUGUUUAGUAUUCAGUGUUUAGUGUUUACUGGAUCUCGAUCUCAUCAUCCUGAGCCCAACAUCAGCUUUUUACACAAGAAAAUAUAUUUAUUGACAUAUUUAUUACUGAAUAUUUAUUUAUAGGAAUUUGUAUUUUAUUUGACUGAAUUAAUGUAUAAGUUGUUUGGUGUGUUUUCAAUAAAGAGAGAGCCUCUUUGAUCGUUUUA